AAUGGUAAUAAAGAAAAAGAGAAAAGAAGUUCAUGAGGAACCUGUACAGAAGAAGAGAAAGGUGAAAACUGAUAGUACUCAGACUAUCAUUAAAAUGAAGAAAGAUGUUGAAACUGUCAUUAAAAUUGAGGAUGAUGAUGACCUUGAGACAAAAACAAAGGUGAGGAAAAAGGAAAAUUUAACUUGUAAAUGUUUAGACCAAUUAGAACUGAAGAACAGUAAGAAGAAAAACAAGAAAAAGAAAGUAGGCUCUGAAUUACUGAAAGAAGCACAUUCAGAAAGCUUUGUGAAUGUGGAAGGCCAUCUGAAUUCAGAACCUCAAGAAGAAGUAUUAGAGGAACAAAUUAAUAUUCUCAAAAAGAAGAAAAAAAAAGUCCAAUGUCAUUCCUCCUUAUCAUUGGCGAAUAAUCAGAAUACUGCUUUGAAUUUGGAAUUGGACUGUAAAGUAACUAAGAAAAAGAAGAAGAAAAACAUUUUUCCAUUAGAGGACAUGCAGGAGAGUGAACAGUCUGGAAAAGUUUGUAAAAACCCCCACAAAGAUGGUUUUAUGGGCCAAAAACAUGAAACAAAUAUUAUCCAGAAUGAUGGGGAGAGUUAUGUGAGAAGAAAGAAGAGGAAGAAAAAGAAAGUUAAAUCCAGCUCCAUUUUACCACUAGCAAGUAUUUGGGACAACAUCUGUGAAGUUCCUGAUAGCCCCAUUGCAUUAAGUGACUUCAGGAAAAGGCAAAGAAGGAAUUCCCAGAAACUUACAUUGACAAAUAGAGAGGAAGAGAACACUGCUGAUAACUCUGGAAAUAUCAGAGAGACCAAGAGGAAGAGGAAGAGAAGCAAAGAUGUUUCUUCCUUAACAUGUGAAGGUAAUCAAGACUACAGUCACAGAAUUCUUGAUAAGCAUCUCCUAGGACAGCACAAAGUUGAGUCUGAGGAAAAAAAGCAUUCUGGAAAAAAAAGCAGGAAAAAUGUCAAGCAUAAUAUUGAAGUCAUCAAGAAGAAAAAGAAAAAGAAGAUUCAGAAAGAGGAGGAGGAAACAACAUAUUCAAAAGUUUCUUUAAACGAUGACAGUGCAUCUAAAAGCCAAAAGAUAACACGACUAGAAAGUAAUGAAAAGAACAAAGAGAGCGAAAUGAAGAGAGCUGACUGUGUCACAGGGGAUGUUGUAGAUAGGGUAUUAUGCAAUAGUAAUCAUAUGCUCUGUGACAGAAAAAGGAAAAAAAGCAACAAAGAAGGACCAAAGGACUUUGCUGAAGAACCAGUUUCAAAAGCAAAUAGAAAACAGAAAAAGAUCAAAAGAGAAGACAUGGGAAAUGAGGCACUGGAACAUGCAGAUGAUGUAACUAUUGUGCAGGAAAAAAAAGGAAACUGCGACGAAGUUAACAUAGACAAGGUGAGGCGGCAGGCUUUGCAAGAAGAAAUCGAUAGAGAAUCUGGCAAAACUAAGGUUUUCAGUCCCAAAGUGCAACAGGAUACAAAGUUUGGACAGUGGACUACAGCUGCUUUUCAAAGUCCUGAGGAAGAAAGGAAGUUUUUUAGACUGAUGGGUGGCUUUAAGAGGGGCUCUGUGCCUAUGCAGAAUCUCUCAGCAACUACGAACAAACCAAACAUGGCUCUGAACAGGGAAGGGCAGGAGAAGUUACAGCAGGCUCUGAAGAUGGAAUUUGAUAAAGCAAUGGACUUGAAGCAACAUAAAGGAAUUGGUCUUGGAUUUCAACCUGCUGCCAACAAAAAAGUAUACAUAGACAAAUACACAUCUAGAUCUAUAAAAUUUGAAGAUUAAAACUCUGAAGUAAUAAAAGGAAUGAAAGUUCAGCAGGCAAAUUUCUUUUUGCUUUCCACAUCUUGAAAUAAAAUACAAAAUGCUUAAGAAAUUUGAUUUAUGAGGCACUUUUAGUACACGUUUUCAACUGUGUGCAACAGAUUGUGUGGAGCUGGGUCCUCACUUCAGCUAACAGUAAGUUUUUUAAAUCUUUACAAUGUUCUCUACAAGGCAAGAGACAGUUUUCUUCAAAGAUUGAAGAUAUCUGGGCAAUGUCUGCAACAAGUUGAAACAGUAAUUUUUGUUUUAAAUGCUGAUUUAAUAAACAUUUUUAGCUACAUCUUAGUGAUUCAAGAGGAU